AUGUUGUGCUUGAGGCUGCUGCAUGCAGCAACACUCUCGUUCCUGUUUUUGUCUGCGUCGGCACAAAAAUACUACUGGAUCUCGGACGGAUGCUCUAACGAUGUCAAAGACGCGGUGACCGAGGUUAUCUGGGUCGCGGGUCGAGUGGCAGAAUCUAUAAGUUUGAAAGAAUCGUGGCUGGAUGAACCCAUGCAGUGGAUGUUUGGCUUCACGACCACGAGCAGUGCCGCUGAUUACGUGCAAAGAACCUUCUCCCGUAUAGGUGCUCUCCAACAGACUCAUAUCGACAGGUUGAGUGCCCACGUCCGCAUUUACUGCGACAAUGAUUCCCGCUACCAAGCUGUCAAUUUGGAACAUCAGAACAUCGACCGGCCCAGUCCUCAGACGCCCCAGUUCAAGACUACAAGAUUCUAUGAUCGAGAUAAUGAGGCAGUAGUUUUGGGCAUGAGUUUACUGUGUGAAGACCUUCCAGAUAGCCCGGGGGUGUUCGCCCAUGUACUACUUGGCAUCGAGAGCCUCUAUUAUCUGCUGAACCACCAGCAGCACUCCACUCAGUUGGCUGACCGGCAUACCAUGACCCUUUGCGACAAAAUGUUAGCAAGAAACGAUGAUAAGAGGCCGUACACCUGGAAGGCUUUCGCCAAAAGGAAAGUCCAAAACCUUUCGAGGCUCCAAAACAUCUCCCCUCUUGCCUCCCACGUCCUAAUGCACGAGUUUGCGCACGUUGCUUUCCUCAGCGAGCAAAGGCUUACCAUCGACACCAGCCGAGGCCCUCUUGAGGAGCCUAACGGCAGGGACUCGCAUCCAGUCGGUACCAAUGGCAAGAAUGGCUACUGGAUGCCGGAUGACACCCAGACCCUUGCAGAGAAAUUGCAAGACAUUGACUGGACAAUUAUGAAUCCAGACAGCUAUGCGUUCCUGGCCACAAUACAUAGGAUGAGGGAUAAGAAGUGGAUACCAUACCGCAACGACAAGAAGUUCAUUCAACUCAAGUACGAGGACAGUUUGCCCCUGAAAGGAGAUUGGCCGGGCCACAUCUGCGCAUACGGCUAUACGAUGUCCUUCUCUUCACCACGAUCCUGGCAACAUCUCUUCCAAUACAACCCCUCCACCCCACCCCCUCCUCCUCCGAAGCCCUCCGCUCACUCCAGCGGCCGCGAAACACCCCAAUCCGGACCUCCACUCCCUCACCUGCCACCGCCCCAAUCUCAUAGCGAUCCCACUCAAGCUGCCGCACCCACAUACCCUCCAGCUCAGGACCAGCCUUCCCUGCCACCACCCGAGGAUGGCUGGCUUCCAGAUAUCCUCAAGGACAAGACAACCAAGGAUCUGCAACACGUACUGCAAACGCCCGAGCUCCAGCACGCCAUAAUACAUAACCCCGAGACCACGCAUCCCUCGAUACCCGCUUCAAGGGCACCACUGCAGGCGCUGCUUGCGCAAAACAUUGCGCUCGCUGAACAGUUGAAGAAUCUGGAAGCGCACCUGCGACACCAAAGAGAGAGCACGCAAUCGCGGCUUCUGUCACUACGUGCGCUAGAGCGGCAGUGGCGUGCGAAGCAGGCAGAGCAGGAUGAAGCUCUGAGGGACUUCAGUCCACCAGCUCUGUAUCAGCGGCUCAGUGCUGCGGUAGCAGAGCAAGAUGCACUAUGUCGAGGACUGGAGGAGAGCUUCCUGGACGGCGAGGGCUUCGGUGGCGUAGAGGCUGUGGCUAGCGAGCGGGAGGUUGUGGAGUUUGUGAGGAGACUGAGGGAAGGAAGGAAGAUCGCCUAUUUGCGUGCUGAGCGGAAGGAGAGAUGGGAUGAGGGGAGAGUGGGAGGGUGGCGAUGA